AAAACUCACAAUAGCUGUUACAUAGUUUUUAGGUUGAUUGCGAUUUUAUACAAUCGAACUUUAACGUAUCUUUGAACUUGAUCAACAAAGAAAUACUAUGUGUAAGUAUAUAACUCAGUUCAUCUCGUGGAAGAUUAUUAUAAAUUUUUUAAACAAGAGCAGAAGGAUGUACUUAUAUUAUCUGAUAAAUUAAUGUUGAUUUUGACUAUAAAUGUGUAUAGCAAUGGUGACUUUUUUCAUUUUCUAGUAUUUUUUGGUAAUUACUCUAUAAAUUUUAUAAAUUAUUAUUAUUUGUUUACUUCAAUAUAUAAACGAAUGAUGAUUCAUUAAAAAAUUUUAUAGGCUGAAUUUUCGAAUAUUAAUCAAAUAAUAAAACAAAAAAUUAGCAUUAUAAUUUGAUCGUACGCAACAAUGUAUAUUUGUAUAACAAUAAAGCGGACAGAUUUAUGUAAAUGUAAGAAAAUUAUAAUUUUCGGUACAUAUCUUACGCAAGUAUAUUGGACUGCAAAGUCUGGGAAGUGUGAAUUAUGCGAAGUUUAUGCAAAAUAGCUUUGCACGGGUGAUAAUUAUCUAUAUAGAUCAUGAAAUUUUCUUCAGUAUAUAGUAUCAUUCUUAUGAAUUAUUCAGAUCAUCUUGAAUAGGGACUAUACGAAAAAAUUAAUCGCAAAAAGAAUCUUCUGAGAAUUUGCAAAAUGAGUAGAUUUUUUAAUUACAGUUCAAUUGCCGGAAUCAAUGAAAAAUCAACUACUGAACGCAAACUGAUGACGCGGAUGAAUAAAAAAUUAAUUAUAAUUACCAUCUCUAAAAAAGGAAUACAAAACAUUGGCGUUUCGUAUAAAUUGUACAAGAUGAAUUUUUUAGUGCAAAUCAAUCGGGUUUUAAUCGAGCUAUUAAUUUGAAAAUUAUUUCAUUUCAUUUUUAUUCAUAUUUAAUAUCCCAUUACUCACAGCAAGUCUUAAUCGCUUACAUUUCAGAAAUAUUUCUUUAGUUCCGAAAAGUAAUUUUCUUCAAAAACCUUUAAAAUCAUCUUUCCACGCGGCUAUAUAUAUAUAGCACACUCUACAGUGCGAACAAAUGCAAAAUCAAUAACAAAUUUCAAAACUCCUCAAGCCCUCGCAUUCGAGCUUCAACAUCGGAGAGAAGCAGCCCAUAUAGGUAACUAAGCCCCGGCUGGUAAAGUCUUCACCCACACCUGCAGUCUUUAUCGACCGAAUCACGUGUGUUUAAACGGUUCCACAUCGGUGCGGCUUCUGCUGCGCCUAAACAUGGAAGCUCGCGUGACGAGAUAAACAGCAAACAAUCCAUCCCUCAUCAUCCUCGGCAACGAAAAAAUCGACAACGAAAGUGUAGAAAGAUGUUGAUCCGACGGAAAAUUCUGCCUCGAACGGCCAGCGACAUCCUCUCCACGACGUUCCUGCUGAUAAUCGUACCGUUGCUCUACUGGUUCGAGCUAUGGGUUGUCCUGCCUAAUCUGUAUGAGCCCGGCUCUGCUAUGUAUAUAUUCCACUUUUGUCUGGGAAGCUUCAUCAUGAUUAACAUUGUGGGUAACUUCACCUAUACCGUGCUCUCUGAUACCAGUACUCAACGAGUGGUAGUACCAACGAGUAAAAUGAAUAUUAAGGAAGGCUGGAGGCUCUGUGCUGUCUGCACGUCGAUAGCACCUCCUAGAUCUUGGCAUUGUACAACCUGUGACACGUGUAUCUUGAAGAGGGAUCAUCAUUGUAUAUUUACAGCCUGCUGUGUGGGACACUAUAAUCAUAGAUACUUCCUGAUGUUCAUAUUCUAUUUGUUUGUUGCUACGGUGUAUUCCUUUGCUUAUAAUAACUUCUUUAUCUGGAGCAGGAUACACUUUGAGUUUCCUAUGACUAUCGUCAAACUGGUGUUCCCUGUGGCUAUAUUUAUAUUCGGAUUCGAUGGCUCGAUGGAACAGUUCUACUUGAUGCUCUACAUCGUCACUGUCAUAGGAAUGCUGUUUACUGGUGCUCUUUGCGUUUACCAUUUCAAUCUGCUCUUCAAUGGCUGUACUUCUGACGAAAGAAACAAGAAGAACUAUAGCUACAGUUUGGGAUGGAAGCAGAACAUUAAAGAGGUUUUUGGCGACAAAUGGUAUUUGGUAUGGUUAAUCCCCUAUGUUCCAUCCAAGUUGCCACAAGACGGAGUGUCCUGGCACAGAUCCAGCAAGUGGAAUAUGAACAAUAGCAAGUGCAAGUAAAAGCUUGCAGUCAAGAGUGAGAAAAAAUAUGAACUGCUUGUAUAGGAUUAAUUGUUGACAAAACUUGCUAAGGGACCAACAUACAUACUUGUAUAGGCAAAUUAUUUUAUGUUGUAGACCUCAUUUUGUUAUAAAGAUUUUGUAAAGCUCCAUUUUUUACAACUUGUAAAUGGUCCAUAUAUUAAUUUGAUUGAGUGAGUCAUAGACUGAAACAAUGAUUACAAGAAAAUAGAGUAUACUUGUGUUUGCAAUUGUUUAUAUGUAAAAAAUGUUGUAAUUAUUGUACUGAAAGUGUAUAUGCUUAUUGUUACUACUAAUUUUUCACUUUGUUAAAAUGAAAACCAUGUUUGACAUUAUGUUUUCAUCUAUCAUAAUCAUCACAAAUGGUUUAUACAUUAACAAUAUAAUUGAUUUAUAUAUGUUUGUAUAAUUUUUUACAAACUUACGCACAUAUGUCAAACAGAGUUGUGUAAUUAUGCUGUUAUAAAUAAUGCAAAAUAUUCAAUUGCUUAUCUACACAAUGAUGUUCUGUGAUAGAGAGUUUGCAUGAUAUGUGCAAUAAAAGUAACCAUUCUUGUGUUCACUAUGCAGAAACUAUGGGAAUGUGAAUUACUACACUUCAUUGAAAUAAAUUGUAAUAUAAUACAAAAAAUAACUA